AGAAGGGAGAGAGAGAGAAACAGGCAGAUGGAUAAUUGGAGGGUCUAUCCAUUUACCUUGUCAAUAGUAUUGAUGUUUCUCUUUCCGGUAAUUCAUGGCUGGGGAUUUGAUGGGCAUUACACAGUUUGUCGGAUUGCUCAGGCUCGGUUGAGCGGAGCAGCGGCAGAUGCUGUAGAGAAACUGCUUUCAGUAACAUCAGAAAAAGAGUUGGGGAAUUUAUGCAUAUGGGCAGAUCGUGUGAAAUUUCGCUAUCAUUGGUCAUCUGCACUUCACUAUAUUGACACUCCUGAUUCUCUUUGCACUUACCAAUAUGACAGGGACUGCAAGGAUGAAAAUAAUACGAGAGGAAGGUGUGUGGCAGGGGCUAUUCGCAAUUACACCACCCAGCUUCUCACCUACAACAGUGAUUCUCCUAAUCAGUCUCAAUACAACCUCACGGAAGCUCUUCUGUUCCUUGCUCAUUUUAUGGGAGACAUUCAUCAGCCUCUACAUGUGGGUUUUACCUCAGACAGAGGAGGAAACGAGAUAAAUAUUCACUGGUACACACGGAAACAAAAUCUUCACCAUGUUUGGGAUGACAAUAUAAUUGAGACAUCAGAAAAGAGGUUCUAUGACUCUAAUCUGGAAGAACUGAUUGAGGCAAUUCAACAAAAUAUUACGGCUGAAUGGGCAGACCGAGUUAAAGGCUGGGAAACUUGCGGUUUGAACGAGACAGCAUGCCCGGACAUAUAUGCGUCUGAAGGUAUCAAAGCGGCUUGUGCGUGGGCUUACAGGGGUGUAUCUGAGGGUUCUGUCCUGGAAGAUGACUAUUUCCUCUCGCGUUUACCAGUAGUCAAAAUGAGGUUGGCACAGGGUGGAGUUCGUUUAGCAGCUACUCUCAACCGUAUCUUUGGAUGACUGCAGGUUAUCUUUUCUAAUUAUUCAGUUAAAUAAUA